GCAUUCUAUGUACUCCAUAAACGGUUUUCCGGUGUGGCGUGUCGUGUGGUUAUUUGUUAUCACAAUUCUCUCUCUGUGUACAUACAUCGGUUAACUGUCAUUCCUCCAACGCUCGACCGUCGUAGGCGCGUGCGAAAGAUACGGGAAGAGAAAAAAAUUCGGAGAGGGAAAGGUCGGUGCGAGCCAUCGUCACGUUUCCGCAGAUUCGCUCAUAUGACGGUGGCAUCGAUACCCAUGGGUGGAGCGGAGUCGCACGCGGAAUGACGCGCUCGCGGCUGUCACGCUCGUGAGAGGACAUAGGCCCGACGUGUGUCAUCACGCGAACAUGUCACCGCUGUCUCGGCGAGGAGAUCGCGAGCCAAGAGCGACCAACUUGAGCGCGGAGUCCGUAUCCCGGGGACUUCAGCUUCGCAGAUAAUACACGCAGCUGCAAAAGUCGCGGUCUAUGGUCCGCCGGAAAUGACACGAGCCGAUCUGUGAACUGACGAACGAUAUCCGCGAUCUGUAUACGCUGAUAAUUAGCGUAUCGUUUCGCACGCCUUCGUAUCUUUUUCUUCCUCGUCUCCGUAAAUUUAUUAUGCUAUCAUCAUGACCACAAUACCGCUGACUGAUAAACAGCUUCAUCAACUGAGUAUUAGCAUCGGGAAGGCUGUAAACGCCACAGAAACACCAGUGAAGGAAAAACAUGUUCGAAGUGCCAUUAUUGGUACAUUUCGAGAGAAGAGUGGCUGCAUCUUUUGGACGUAUAUGUUGAGACAACCGUUGCAGGAGAAUCAGAUCGUCGCGUGGAAAUUUUGUCAUGUUCUGCACAAAGUACUGCGCGAGGGACAUCCUCGGGUUAUCGUUGAUUCCCAACGGUAUCGCGGCAAGUUGGAAGAUAUUGGAAAACUCUGGCAACAUCUCAGAGAAGGCUACGGUCGCCUCAUACAGCUGUACGCAAGACUGCUAAUAACUAAAUUAGAUUAUCAUAAACGGAACCCGCGCUUACCUGGGAAUUUGCAAGUAACACCGGAAGAGCUCGAAGCAAUUGGAGAAAAUGAUAUUAAUAUAUACUUUCAGAUGUCGGUUGAAAUGUUCGAUUAUAUGGAUGACAUCUUGAAUUUACAGCAUGCAGUUUUUGGUUCUUUGGAUUUAUCACGAUCUAAUUCGAUGACACCAUGCGGCCAGUGUCGACUCGCACCUUUAAUUCCGUGUAUUCAGGAUGCUUCGCAACUGUACGAUUGCUGCGUGAAAAUCCUGUUUAAACUCCACGGCGCGCUUCCGGCAGACACGUUAACAGGACAUCGCGAUAGAUUCUCGAAGCAAUUUCAUGAGCUGAAGAGCUUUUACAAUACUAUCAAACAUAUGCAGUAUUUUAAGCAUUUGAUAGCAAUUCCGUCGUUACCUGAGAAGCCACCUAACUUUUUAAUACAAGCCGAAUUGAGAACGUAUGUCACACCGAUAGUGGUACUUCCACCCGAAGAAUCUAUAGAUUCUGAGACUGCCAUAGACAACCUUAUUGAUACAUCUGAUACGGGAUCAUUUACGGGCGAUCAGUUGGAUUCUGUGAAUACACGGAACGGCUCGAUAUCACCUGAUGUUCUUGCGGAAAGAGACAGCCUUAUCGAUCAUUUAUAUCAAGAAAAUGUUCGUCAAAGGCAAGAAGUAAAUCAUUUGUUAAUGGACCAUCAACAAAUAGUUGCGGAUUUUAGAAAUCGCGUUCUCGAAUUGGAAUCGACUCUUUCUACUAAAAGUAAUGAAAUUGUAACAGAGAAACAAACUUGUCAGAAGUUACUGAAGGAAAACGCAAUUACGUUAACAAAAGUUCAAGAAAUUGAAGGAAAAAAUGAAGUAUUAGAGGAAAAGUUUAAAAAACUCAAGGAUGUUUACUCGAAGCUGAGAGAAGAACAUAUCAGUUUAAUCAGAAAGUUAUCUAUCAUGUCCAUUUUAUUCACGACAACAUUUUACAUGAAAGAAAGCUGAACUCGACAAAGAAUUGGUGAAGAGCGAUUGCAAGAGUUGCUUCAAGGACAAGCGUCGACAGAACAAGAAACGCAAAGAGUAGCGCAAGCACGUGAAGAUUUAGAGGAUGUAAGAAAGAAACUCGACGCUGUCCAAACCGAAAAUUUGGCGUUAAUAGCAAAAAUAGAUUUUAUUACGUCCGAGAAAACAGCCUUGGAAGGAGAUCUCCAUGAUUUACUGGUACAAAAGGAAGAGCUGGAUUUACGAAUAGUAAAUUUGGAAACUGAUGCCGAACGAUCCCAUAAUCAAGUGAAAACAGACGCUAAUACGGCUUUAUUUGAUUUACUAUUGAAUGCUAUAUCGGAAGCGGAAUCUAUCUUGCAUCAUGCAAUGCAUGCAAUCGAUAAUCCGGCCAUAUCGGCGUUAACAUGCACGCCCGAUUAUCUCGGAAGUUUAUUAGAACCGACAGAAAAAUCAUUUAAUGAUUUGGAGGAGGCAUAUAAUAAUUAUAUGCUUGAUACAACGAAGGGGAAAGUGCUAAUUCGUGUUGCUAUACGUAGUGCAUACUUUUUAGCUCUCUAUCUAAUAUAUGCAAAAUCUACUUCGAAUACAUCGACAGAUAUUGGUAUAGCUGACAGAUUUGCCGAUGAAUGUAAACAGUUAGGUUCGCAAGGUUUAAUUAUGUUGAGUUAUAUCAAAGAGAAGUCCUCAAUGACCGUUGCGCAAAUUGCAAAUGUCAAAAGUCAAUUACAAAAGAUUUCGUCUCUCAUAAAUACAUUAUCAAGUACUCAGAACAACGUGGAAAUUAUCGGGACUUUAGUAGAAAGCGAGUUGCAGAGUAUGGAUAAAGCUAUUGAAGAAACGGUUGCAAAAAUACAGGAUAUGUUGGAUAAAUCUCGUGCGGCGGACUCAGGUGUGAAAUUAAAAGUAAACGAACAGAUCUUGGAUUCUUGCACGGAUCUAAUGAAACGCAUAAGAAAAUUAGUACAGAAGUCUCGCUUGCUGCAGAAGGAAAUUGUAGAACAGGGAAGGGGAACUGUCUCUGCUACUGAAUUUUACAAACGUAAUCAUCAAUGGUCCGAGGGUCUUAUCUCAGCAGCAAAGGCGAUUGCUAUGGGCGCAAACUUUUUAUUAGAAGCAGCAGAUAAAGUUGUGUUAGGCAAUGGCAAAUUUGAGCAAUUGGUUGUUGCCUCACAAGGCAUUGCGGCAUCUACCGCGCAAUUGGUAGUUGCUAGUAGAGUUAAGGCUGACAGAAAUAGUACUAAUUUGACUGAACUCUCUAAAGCUUCGAGAGAAGUGACUCAAGCUACAGCGAACGUUGUGGCGACUGCUAAAAGCUGCAAUCAUCUUGUCGAGGAAAAUGAAGAUUUAGAUAUGUCUAAUCUAAGUUUACAUCAAGCUAAACGGCUCGAAAUGGAGGCACAAGUGCGAAUUCUAGAAUUGGAGCAAGCUCUAGAAACCGAGAGAUUACGUCUAGCCGCACUUCGACGUUAUCAUUAUCAACUUGACGGUGAGAAUGAAACAUAAGCUGAACAUGGAUUUGAAUUUAGAUUAAGGAUAUUCAACAAACACAAAAAUCGUAUGUAGAUAAAGAAUCAUAGCAAUCGUGUAAAUUAGUCCCGACUCAACUAACCAUAGAAAUCGGUUUUUCGUUAGAAGCGAAACUUCUAUUAUUCAUUAAACAUUUAUGUAUUAUGCAUGUCUCGAAAAUCAACGAUCUAAUUUUCCGUCAUUAUAUAGAUCUAUUAAAUGUACUUUAUUGG